AUGUCAUCACUCUUCGCAGGUCCUGAGCUACCUUACUCGCCAGUGGGUGAUGACCAUGACGAUGCUCAGAGUGUGUCCAGCGACAUCGUCCAUUCUGAGGAGAGCCCCGAUUCGACCGCCACUUCUGCUACGGAGCUGGAUACUUCGGAAACUGUGGCUCUUGAUGAGAAAAAAACUACGGAAGAAGAAAGCCUCCCGGAAAAUCCCUUUGACAGUCCUGCCAGUCGCGCACUGUUCGACGCCAUAGAUCAGUUUCAAUCCUGCGGCGCAGGAAAAUUUGUCGACAUCCCCCAAUUGGUUAUUGUCGGCGCGCAGUCUGUGGGAAAGUCCUCUCUUCUUCAAAGCUUGACAGACAUUCCGUUUCCCAUUGGAGAAGACUGCUGCACCCGCUUUGCUACUCGAAUCGUCUCUCGUCGAACGGCUCCCAACACGCCAAGCAAGAUAAAGAUUUCCAUUGAAGCCCCUAACUUCAGGACGACUCAAUUUGACUACCCAAAGGACGACGCUUACAUGAAGUUCAGCAAAGAGCGACAAUCUCUCACGGCCUCGGAGUUCGCCAGCAUCAUUGACGAGGCGUCAGAGAAAUACUUGGGGAUACGGCCCGGAAAAGGUCGUGGUCGGAAGAAUUUCGCUGUUGAGGUCUUGAAGAUCGAAGUCUCCGGACCAAACCGCUCAGGCUUUAGUAUUCUGGACAUCCCCGGCAUUUUUGUCAACGACUACAACGUCUGCGAUGGAGAAAUGGAUGAUGUCCGGGACAUGGUGGUUGAGUACAUGAAACAGCCAGAGAGUAUUGUCAUUUGCGUCGCUGACGCAUGUGUUGAUCUCGCAAAUCAAGAAAUUUUCAAAUUAGCCAAUACGCAUGUCGACAAGACAAGACUGAUUGGUGUAUUCACAAAGUGCGACAGAACGGAUAACCUGAACUCUGUCGUCGAUGUUGCCAAUGGAAAAGUGGACGGUGUUGCUCGCCUGCUUCAUCAUGGCUGGUUCGUCGUUCGGAACAAGACUAAGAACGACGAAGUCGAUCCAGAUUUUGAUCUUCCAAGUACCGAAGGUGCUCUAUUUGGCAAGCAACCCUGGGCCAAGAUUCGUGAGAACCGCCGCGGCUCGGGCAUGCUGAAGAAGUACCUGGGUAAACUGCUAUGUGAAAAGAUCCAGGUCGCUUUUCCGACUCUUCUAGACAAUCUCCGUCGUCUGCUGAAAGAGGCGCAAUCGACCGAGAGAAAGCUUGGCCCUUCCCGGGACUCGAGCCAUCAACGACACGCAUAUCUUACCGAAAUUGCACACCGCUAUCAAGGUCUUGCCGAGAAGGCUCUGAAUUCUCCAUGGCUCCUGGACUCGCCGAGCGCUCGAGCUCGCCAGAUUGUGGCAGAGGCAAAUGACGCUUUUGACAAACAGAUGCGGGAUUCUGGGCACGCAUUGUCUUUCCAAGAUCACGACUUGAAGAUGGAUGACUGUCUAGAGCGGCUGGGAAAGAUUCUGCAUCCGGAAACCAGAUUGGAAAAGGCUCCAGCAAAACCCAGUGUGCCCGAGGACGAAGACGAAGACAACGGCGCUGAACUCUUCGCCAGCAUCAAAGAAGAGGUGGCAAUUUGCAGCAGCACUCAGUUGCCAGGUAUGGUUCAUCCAGAUGUGAUUCAGCGACUGUACAGGCAGCAGACAGCGCUAUGGCACGACGUGGCUUCAGUCCAUGUUCGGGAACUCGCGAGUGCGAUACUUUCCGCUGCUGAAGAACUGCUGAAUGACGUUUGCCCUGCUUCCGGUAGCACAUCCUUCUUGUACGGCGAGCUUCUGCUGGCUGUGCGGCAGUUUCACGACGAAAGCCUGGAAAAGGUGCUGCGUGCGCUGGAAACGUACUCCGAGGGCGACCAGACGAAGCUUCUCCAAACUACGGACCCGGGCUUCAAUCAUCGUCUUCAGCUGCUGAGGACCCUGCGCAUGGUCAAGACCAUGGAGUUGGCGACUACCAUUGUAAACGCGAAAAAGAAGACGCACACUGUGGAGGAGCUCGGCAUUCUCCUCUUCGAGCAUUGCCAUCACUCUGCGGUUGAUAACACGGUCAAUGAUGUGCACGACACUUUGAAGGUGUAUUAUGAGUUCUCGUUGCAAUCAUUCAUUCGCCACGUCACAAACACAAUCGUCGAAGAUUUUGUGACAGAUGUGAGCGGGUCGCUCUAUGGAUUGUCGCCGAGCUACAUGUAUAGCCUCAGUGAGGCCGAAGUAAACCGUCUGGGGGGUGAGAAUCGCGACGUUGUGGAGGAGAGAGAGUUGCUGCAGUCGCGAAUAGAAACUCUGCGAAGUGUAGAGAAAACGGCUCGGACAGCAAUGGCGACGGCAAGUCAACAAGCCUAG